CAAAGAAUGACUCUCUCCCAUGGUUUUUUUUUUUCCCUCCGCGCCGGCCUAUGUCCUUCUGUGACAACACACCUGACAGAGAUACACGAAGCCUCACCCACCGUUAGGGCGCACUCACCGCCACCAACACUUACGGCCCCGCAGUCUGUCCGUUCCCAUCGCAGCUCACAGCAACAACGUAUGCCGUCCUCCCGAUUCCAGCGAUUCACCGAUCUCAAAGAAUACACUGCUGGUCUAAUUUUGGUGCAUGGCCCAUAGGAGUCGGGUGGCGUGCACACACGUCGGAAGCCCGUCGCAUUUCCGACGCGUCACUGUU